GUUGGAAGCUAUUAUGAAGAAUGGAAGUACUGCUGGGGGAGGCGCUUACUGCCGAAAACCAGCCAGUAGCAAUGAUCAAAGUAAGCCAAAUAGCACAAAGGAGAGCAAUGCAUCUGCUGCAGGUGAAAGUGGAAAAGGCUACACCAAAGACCAAAUGGAAGGAGUAUUCAGUAUGAAGAAAUGUAAAAAUUAUUAUGAAGUCCUUGGGGUGUCAAAGGAUGCAGGUGAAGAAGACCUAAAGAAGGCUUAUAGAAAACUUGCUUUGAAAUUCCACCCAGACAAAAACCAUGCACCUGGAGCAACAGAGGCUUUUAAAAAAAUCGGAAAUGCAUAUGCUGUGCUGAGUAAUCCAGAAAAACGAAAGCAGUAUGACGUCACAGGCAGUGAAGAGCAAACGUGCAAUCAUCCUAGCAACGGUAGAUUCAACUUCCAUAGAGGUUGUGAGGCAGAUAUUACUCCAGAGGAUCUAUUCAACAUGUUUUUUGGAGGGGCCUUUCCAACAGGUAGCGCACAUUCAUUUUCUAAUGGUCGUGCUGGCUACAGCCAUCCUAAUCAGCACCGUCAGAGUGGACACGAGCGGGAGGAAGAGAGGGGUGAUGGAGGUUUCUCUAUGUUCAUUCAGCUGAUGCCUAUUAUCGUGUUGAUCCUUGUCUCCUUGUUGAGCCAGUUGAUGGUAUCUAACCCUCCUUACGCCUUAUACCCAAGAUCAAGUACAGGGCAGACCAUAAAAAUGCAGACAGAAAACUUGCAUGUCAUUUAUUAUGUCAACAAGGACUUUAGAAAUGAAUACAAAGGAGUGUCAUUACAGAAAGUGGAAAAGAGUGUGGAAGAGGAUUAUGUGUCCAACAUUCGUAAUAACUGUUGGAAGGAGAGGCAACAAAGUAAAAACAGACUUAAUUUAUGCAGCAAAAGUAUAUCGAGACGACCGUCUCCAAAAGAAAGCAGACUCCAUGUCCAUGGACAACUGCAAAGAACUAGAACGGCUGACCAGCCUCUAUCGAGGAGGAUGAACUACAAUUAUACGCGUACAUCUUUACGUAUGCCGUUGUCUCUUGUAAAUUAAGAAGAGAUUUAGUUUCACCAUGAAUGCUGGAAAAGAGGGGUGGAUGUAAAACUCUACUGUGUAGCUGUUUCCAGAAACCUUACACUGAAAUAUCAUUUAAUGGCUUCUUUACCUACUGUGAAAUAUAGGUAACUUUAAUUGUCUAGAUUUUCCUUCCAAGCUUCUGUGAAUUCUUUCAGCAGAGAGAAUAGCUCAGAAAGGAUGCUAUACUUGUAGAGACUUAGUCAUAGUGGUUCUCCUCUAACAUAUUUGCCAUGUAAAUAUCUGUGGAAAGAACACUUUGUGUAUAUACGAGUUAAAUGACUUUCUAUUUAAAAUCUCAGAAAUUUAGUCCCAUACAACAUUUUGUCUCACUGAUGGAAUAAAUAGUAUGAUUACAUCACUCCUAUUCAGAUGUCAAGUGUGUGGAGUUGAAACAAGAAUUUUUAAUAUUUUAUCUCUAACUCUAUGUAAAAUCUUCUAGGUUUACCAGCUUAGAGGAACUUGGUAUUUUUAAAUAUAAUGGCAUAUAUUCCUAAAUAUCUGUUGGGGUAUAUUGAUCUGGUGUAGAGUAGCCAUUAGCUGUUGUAGUUUUUUAAGGUUUCUAAGCAAUGCUGAGAAAACUAAGAACUACACUAAUCUCUCUUCACAGUAAAUAUUUGCAAAUCCUGUACAGACCAUUAUAAGCAUUGCUUUUAGUCCUUGCAACAGUUUACAGCAGCUCUACCGUUUGGUAUUCCAGUAGUAGUAAGUCCGUAUGUAUGGUUAACAUGCAUCCAUAGCUUCCUUAAUUUUCACUGGAAAGGUAGAGGAAAACACGCAAUAGUAAAAUCUUAAAGCUCAAAAAAGGAAAGAAAAAAGGCAACCUAUUUUUUUUUUCCUGGGAGGCUUCCAUUUUCUUACUAUUUUUUUAAUUUCAAGCUAGGUCCCAACACUGAUUCCUCAAUAGGCACCAAGAGUGGAACAGGGAAGUAUUGCUAAGGACAAGCUAUGUGCCUUUCAACGCUUUUGCCAGCUAUUUAAAUGCUUUGCUAGUUUGCAGUACGCUCCUAUGGUCAGAGCUGUAUCCCUUGUCCCGGGGCGGAAGAGGAAGGGCGUGCGUUUCUCUGGACCAGAACGUUGCUGGACUGACUUCCUCGAAAUGAGCAGACGUACUGUUGGGCUCCUACGUACAAGAUCAUGUAACUCAGUGGCCUGUACCUGGAAACUGUAUGUAGCCACACCUGCUGAUGCAGAGAGGCGUUUUGAAGCAGCUAAGUGCAAUGUACUUGAAGUUUAUCGAGAGUGGGUUGAAAAUGUUUUUAGGUUCAGUAGCUGAUGUUUUUACAUUUUAACAGUGCUAUGCAGGAGAAUGUUUCUUGCAUGUGAGAAUGCCAGGUGGCUCAUAAUGAGGGCAGUAUUUUUUGUUUGAGAAAACUGCUAUCUUUGAACAACGCUAUUGGUUUAUGUGGAGCCAAAUUCUCCUCCUAAACUCAAAGUUUAAAUACUUGACUGACUUCAUUGGAAUUCCUUCUGAUCUAGAGCAGGAUUUGACUUUAGAAAUACGCUAAAUGCUAUUGCUCUAAGUGACCCAGAAAUCAUUUUGCAUAUAUACCUUUUCUAAACUGUCCCACUGGAAAUGUCCUCUACUGAAUUGGUGUAACAUGAGAGAGCGUAGCUGCAGGCUUCUAACUGACCGGCUAAACCAGCAUUCAAGGUGGACAUCAAAGCCUGAGGCACAAAGCAGAACUAAAAGCUGCUGAAACAAAAAAGAAAAGGGGUUGCUGUACUGGAUGUCCUUACUAGUAUUAUAGGAAAAGUGUGCGGAAGUAAUGGGAAAGGCACCCAAACAUUUGCAAUAGAAAUUUAUGGAGAAAACGUGAUUCCCUGGAUUUUGUAACUGUCCAGAAUGUAUUGUAAUUAUACUAAUGAAAACAAACUAUCAACGUACAUAUUGGUACUCCUGUGUCUUCUUAAUAGAAGAAAAUCGUUCCAAAGGCUUUAACAAGUACUCGGGCCUUCCCAUUCACAAAUGAGUCCGAGCUUGCAGGUGAUCUUUUAGUUAAGAGGAAAAAGGAUAUAGAACGCAUUUCUCGAGUACGAGAACAGUGAAGUCAGAGUGAAGAGAUGGUCUUAGCAAAGCUGCUUGUAAUAAUCGGGUGGGUUAUGUCUGCCCUGCAGUUACUUCUGCUGCAGCUGAGAAGCAGGUAAACGGACGGAUGUGGAGCUGUGUUAGGUUGGUUAGAUUGCGAUCAGUAUCUCAGCAAACUGGAGUAAGGCAGUGGCUGUGUCCUGUGGCAACGCAGGUGUCCCAGCGGUUUAAGUGAGACCUAGGCUGCUACAUUUCGUUGGAUUACCUAUUGCGAUGGCCGUUGUCAAAGGAGGAAACGAUUCAUGUGUUUAUACCGGUGGAAAGAUGCUGCUUAGCGUUUAACAGAUUAAAUAGUUGCACACUUUGAAAUAUGCAGUAGAAUGCAGAAGGAUGCUAUUAUUUCCUGUAGCGUAAAGAUUAACCCGCUUCGAAUAUGGCCUGCAAACAUUCUUUUCAUAUUCCAAGUGGGUGUUUCUCUCCUCGUGGUUGUUACUUUUUUCUCAAGUCUGAAGGUUUUUUCUUCAGAAAUACUAUUAUCUUCCCUGGUUUUGUUGAAGGAAUCUGCUGGAAAGUUCAGAACGAAUUUUCUUAUGAGCAAGAUGCUAAUUGAAGAGGGCGGAGUACUUGAACCUUUUCAGACGACCUUUCUUCAGAAGGUGAAGUUCUCGUUAAAAUAAGAUAUUGGAAAGAAAAGGGAAAAACAAAACUGGUUUUGAACAGCCCGACUGAAAAUCCCUCAACUUUUGUAGCUACCUAGAAUUAACCCCUUACUCUUUUUAGUUAGUCAUUACCUGCACUUAAUCUAGAAUUAAAGAUAGCACAAGCGUGGGUUCUUGAUUUCUCCUUUAAAAGAGCAAGCAGGGAAGUCCUGCGAAAAGUGAAAAAUCUUGGCAUGACACUUUGACAUAGCAUAAUGAAAAAGGGAGAUGAUUGGCAUCCGCUGAAAUACAACAUCAGUUUGUGUUCUAUUUAUGGAGCAUCCCGAGUCACAAGCAAGUUCGGUGUUCGCAUCUGAUGAACGUUUCCCUACACGUUCUCUAACUGUUUAGGUAAAACAAGAUUAAAUUUGAAUUUUUGACUUUUUUUAAACAGUCUUGAUUCUUUCACAAGUUUCCAAGAAAAGGCAGAACGUUAUAGUCGCUAAAAUGUAACAGAUGCAUUUAAAUAGGCAGCGGAGACAACUUUAAGUUAUAUGCAUUUUUAAUAUAACUUUGUAACGAAUGCUGUAAAAGGAUUAAAACGGGAGGGCAAGAAU